AGAUAAUCCAGAUCAUAAAAGACAAGGAUCUUGACCUAAGAGACAACACGACCAACGACAGGAUACUUAGCUUUAACCCUGCCACUCAUGAGUCCUCUUCCUCUUUUUGGUAUAGCAGAAUUUCAGAUUUGUCUUAAUGAUAAUGAGCUUUCUGACCUCACUAGCAGGGGCAUGUUUUACGCGUGGUCAAAUGAAAGACCAGAUGAUCCAGUUUUGAGGAAGUUAGAUAGGGCUGUGGUGAAUGAGGAUUGGGCCACUGCUUUUCCUGAGUCAGUUGCCAUUUUUGAUCCGCCUGGAGAUUCAGACCACUCGCCAUGUUUAGUUAUUACAGAUGCUUCAAUUGAAAGGACCAAGAAAUCUUUUAAGUACUUCUCGUUUUUAUCAACCCAUCCAAAGGUCAAAGAGGCAAUGCUGGAGGCUUGGUCUAAGGAUGUGUGUGUUGGUUCCAAAUUAUUCAUAUUGGGUCAGAGGAUGAAAGAAGAUAAGCUGGCUUGUAAAAGUCUCAACAGGACCGGGUUUGGAAAUAUUCAGCAGAAGACUAAAGAGUUUCUGGAACACCUCGAGUUAGUGCAAUCGUCACUAUUAGCUAUUCCUUCUCCAUCCCUGUUUAGAGAAGAAUUCAUAGCCCGACAAAAAUGGAAUUUUUUUGCCUCUGCUUUAGAAAUGUUUUACAGAAGGAAAUCAAGAAUAAGAUGGACCAACGAGGGUGACGAUAACACAGCCUUCUUCCAUAGGGCAGUGAUUGCAAACCAAGGUAGAAAUUGCAUCAAGUUUCUUAGAGGGUCAGACGGUCUCAGAAUUGAAAACCAGGAUCAAAUCAAGGAUAUGGCCACAGCUUAUUUUCAGAAUGUCUUGGGUUCAGAGAGUGUUGGAGUUUCCCCUCUUUCUGUUCAAUAGAUUAAGGAUCGGAUCUGGUUGGUUUUAGGUGGGGCUUGGAAAAGGGGUGAAAGGUUGUAGUGUUGAAACCUUGGUUGUGACUUGUUGUUUUCAAAGCAUGUUCCCCUGCCUUGGAAUUUCCCUGUAAAAUUCUUUUAUCCUUGAGGGUUUCCAAUAUUGUUUCCUAUUCCAAAAAGAUUGGGUUGAUAUUUGAAGCUUUGGUCGAAAUCAUGGUUUAUCCGACAAAACUUAUCUCUUCUUGUCUCCAAGCCCCCUAUUUCCUUCUUGGUAGUUGUCAACAUCCCAAUAAAUGCUCGAUUACUUC